AUGAGUCAUCGAGCAAGAAAUAUCGAUAACAACAAUAAUCAGUAUUAUUAUGAUGAUGAUGUUUCAUGGUGUGAACAAAAUAUGAUCAAACUGAUUAUCAUUAUUUGUUUAACUAUUGUUGCAAUAGGAUGCUCAAUUGCACUAGCUAUGGUUUACAUACAAGAUACACAACGUGAACGAGCAUUUUUGGCAAAGAAAAAUACUUGGACAGCACGAGUUGAACAGUGUGCACCAAUUUUAAAUAUUGCAGGACCAAUUAUUAAGAAUCUAAUCAAGGUUGCAUUUUCUGUUUUAUUAAUUUAA